AUGUCCGCACAACGACUCUCGUUCGAACGCGUUGGUGAUGACACUGUUGACGAUACUGCCAUGGUCAAACGUGUCUGCGCCUCGUCGUCCACCGAUACACCCAUAGCAGAGGACGUAGCAACUACGUCGUUAGACGUUUGUUCAUCGACAUUGAUAGACACGCCCGCAGCGAAACGCACAGCACCUAGUUUGUUGGAUAUUCUAAACCGGGAUCGCUUCCCAUUUUGGGAUUACCUUUGCCCCUACCUUCCCACUACGUCAAUACAAGCACUCUCGCAGACAUGUCGUCCACUUCGGCAACAGGUCCUCGAUGUGAACCGAAAUCUCGAGAGAUUUGUUACAAAUGCCCGUCGACUGAGGGCGCUGCUCGGGGAGCACGAUGCUCUCAUCUCUGGCAGCUUCGCUCUGCAGUUCUUCCUUGCGGAGCGCUGGCCUGGCUCUGAUUUGGACAUUUUUGUUCGGAAGGGCGAUGGUGCGAAUGCUCUCGGGGCGUACCUUGAGACCGAGGAGAACUACGUGCUGGAGUCGGGAAGCAAAGACUCCAACUAUGAUUGGGGAGAAAUGAGGGAGGUCAAGUCCUAUCGACGCCUCGACUCUGCACGAAGCAAGGUCCAAAUCAUCGCGACCCAAUACCAACCAAUCAAUGCCAUCUUGACAGGGUUUUACAUGACUGCUGUUCUUAACAUCAUCAGCUGGAACAAGGCAUACUGCAUCUUUCCCUACGAAACAAUGGUCCAGAGAAAGACGUUCAUGUUGAAGGAAUGUAACGAGUACUUCGAGGGUCUGCUCUUCAAGUACUCCAGGAGAGGAUUUGUAAACGAAGACAUAGUUCCUCCAGGGGACCAUCUCCCUGCAAGCUCUUUGCAAGGCAUUCGAAGAAUAGGAGACUCGCGCACACUCACAGUCGAGUUACCGAAGGAUGGCGUGCACCCGAAGUCAGUUGCCUCGGACGUGGCACUGGAGUAUUCAGGGUUCGAUUUUGAGCCAGUGAGAGUUUUGACGGACGACCCGAUCGACGAGCCCACGUGUCACUACAGAAUCAUGACCCGACGAUUCGUACACAUUUCACUGCGACAAGAGUACAGCUUCCCCACAGCCUGUGAGCUGCAGGAGCUGUUGGGAGGUCGCCUCCAUAAAUCUGCCAAAAUGAGCCUGCUCAGCAUGCCGCCGGCAGAUCGUCCAAAAUGGUUUGGCGGAGCAUAUGGUCGUACAAGUAUUGACCAUUACUGGAGAGGCCAUUCGGCGAAGAAGCCACCCCAUGGCUUCAAGAGGCCACAUGAGUGGCGCUAUCGGGACGCCGAUGUUCCGCACUGGUAUCAGUUAUGGUUUGAGGAACUGGAAGCCGACGAAAAGGCCUUGAGAACGACUACCCGAUAUUGA